AUGACGGACCAACUUCUCGAUACACCAUUCAAGCAUCCUGUAUCCUUCACUGGCCUUGCAGAUAAUGCAUGGAACCGUUUAUCGGAAGCUGCGCUUAGUACAGGAUGGAAGCCUGUCACGAAACUCGCUGAAGCUGCUGUUGUAGCGCAAGUUCAACUCUUCUUCUUCUACUUCCAGCAAGGCCAACUGAAAGUCCUCACAUUUUCGCAUAUCUACACUUUUCCUUCGCACGAAACAACCGCACGGAUUGAGGACGGUGGACACAAGGCUGAACUGCGAGUUGUCAACGAUGUCUUCUGGGUGCGGCUCUGCGCUAUGGGCGAUUUGGGUUUCGCGGAAGCCUAUAUGUAUGGCGAUGUCGAAUGUGACGAUUUGAUAUCGCUUUUUCAGAUUUUUUUGAACAACCGUUCCCACCUCUCUAAUUUAUCCUCGUCUCUCUCAUAUCUUUUCACCCUUCCUCAAAAAUUAACCUCCUAUCGGUUCCUCAAUACAAUCUCCAACUCCCGCUCAAAUAUAUCUGCGCAUUAUGAUAUCUCCAAUGAUAUGUUUGCUGGGUUUUUGUCCAAGGACAUGACAUACUCAUGUGCUAUUUUCGAGGACCUUGAUGGCGAUCUAAAGGGAGGAGAACCAGGAGAAUUGAAGGGAAGAUGGAACGGUGGUCAUGGAUUGAAGAAACUUACGAAUGGCACGACGAACGGCGUGCCAUUGUUGUCUAUGCCAUCUCCUGCAUCAAAGAAAACUGGUCUAGCCGAGUUGCCCUCCUUCUCCGACCCUCUUGAAGACGCCCAAUAUCGCAAACUGCACCACAUAAUCCGUAAAGCGCGUAUUCUCCCUGGUCACCGUGUCCUCGAAAUCGCUGAGGGACUUGGAGAAAGGGUGCAAGUCCAUCUAAUGGACUAUCGUCACAUGCCCGAGGGGUGGAAAGGCAAGUUCGAUAGAGUUGUGAGCGUGGAAAUGAUCGAGGCAGUUGGGAAGGAGUUUUUGGAAGGAUUUUGGGCCAAGGUGGAGUGGGCGAUGAAGGAACAGGAGAGUGUUGGGGUGGUGCAGGUCAUUACGAUUCCCGAAGCGAGAUUCGAAAGGUACAUAAAGGAAAUAGAUUUUAUCCGGAAAUGGGUACUCUUCCCAGGCGGAUUUCUCCCAACCCUCACUUUCCUCCUACAGACUCUCACUUCCGGCUCCCGAGGAACGCUCACCGUAGACUCCAUCUCGAACAUCGGACCGCACUAUGCGCGUACCCUGAGGGAAUGGCGGAAGCGGUUCGUACAGAGAUUUGAGGAAGUGGUCGUUCCGGCUCUGCAGAGGGAUUAUCCUGAAGUUAUGGGUGUAGCGAAAGGGAAGGAAGGAAGGAAGGAAAUUGAAGUGUUUAAAAGGAAAUGGAUUUGUGAUUGUUACUGCGAAGUUGGAUUCACGACGCGGACACUUGGAGAUCAUAUAAUCACAUUCACCCGAGAAGGAGCGCAGUCUUAUGGGUGCGAUUCUUUCAAUUAG